AUGGCGACCCUGCGUCGUCUCGCCGCGUCCGGCCUCGCCGGGGAGGUGCUCGCCGCCGUCGGAGUAUCGUCGCGCGGCGCCGCCUUCGCGAGGACGGCGGCGUCGAGCGCGUUCCGCCCGCGCGCGCCGUGGACGCGCGCCCCGACGAACGCCCGCUCGUCUCCCACGCGUCUUCUGCACGUCGGGACGCGCGCGCAUCAACCCGUCGUCAAAGCGACCGCGGCGCCGCUCACCGCGCGCGGAGCGCUCGAAACUCUCGGCGUCCGAACGCCGUGGCGCCCCGGAGCGCUCGCGUCUCCGACGUCGGGCGUCGCGACGCGUCGGGUCUCGCAUCAUUUCAAAUGGAGAAAACAGGUGCCGAGACGCCCGUCUCCCGGGGUCGCGGGCGCGCUCGUCCCGUCCGCGCGAAGGCACCUCUGGACGAACAGCCGCGUCCCGCCGGGCGGGAGCGGGGCGGGGGGCACCAUCGGCAGCCUGAUUCGCGCCGCGCGAAAGUUCGGCGCGGCGCUCGCGCUCCCGUUCGUCCUCCUGUGGAAGUACAAGUUCGCGGCGCUGAGCGCGCUGAAGCUGACGAAGCUCUCCUCCCUCGCGUCGCUGGCGUUGUCCACCGCCGCCUACGCGGCGCUGUACGGCGUCCCGUACGGCGUCGGGAUAAUGGCGCAGAUCGUGAUUCACGAGUCCGGGCACGCGAUCGCGCUGAUGCGGUACGGCGUCCCGUUCCAGCCGAUGGUGUUCGUGCCGCUGAUGGGCGCGUACGUCUCGCACGCGGGGAUGCUGUCGGCGUGGAAAAACGCCUUCGUCGCGUUGGCGGGGCCGUUCGCGGGGGGCGUCGGCGCGCUCGGUCUGUACCUCAUGGGGGUCGCGCUGACGGAGAGCGAGGGCGGGGAGACGGCGUCGUCGCGAGAACGGAGGCUCGGACGAACGCCGAACGUGCGCGACCGCGCGCGCGACCGGGUGCGAGAACGCGGGGCGGAAAAGACGACGGCGCAGUUGUGCCACGCGCUCGCGGAUUUCGGGUGCAUGAUCAACCUGUUCAACCUCCUCCCGAUGGGGAUGCUCGACGGCGGGCAGGUCGCCGCGGUGCUGCACCCGUCGCUGCUCGUCGCCGGGUGCGCGGUCGGGUCGUACAUGGCGUACGACGGGCAGAUCAACAACCCGAUCGUCUACCUCAUCAUUCUCGGCGGGUGGUACCAAGUGGCAUCGCGCGCGAUGGGGUGGUCGCAGCCAAACCCCGCGGCGGCGCACCUGUCUCCGCGGGGGAAAGCGAUCGUGUUCGGCGCGUACGCGGGUCUCGCCGCGCGAGGCUGUACGGGCCGCGGGGGGAACCUCCGGGGAGUAUGA